AUACAGAGUUUUUUUUGAAGUAUCUAUACAAAAAAGAACACUAUUACAAACUUUAGGCGUAGUAUUAUAUACCUCCAAUAUAUGCUAUUUUAUAAAUAAUUUGGAGGAUAAAAUCUCAAAUGUAUGCUCUGAUUGGAAAGCUAAAAAAUAGAAUAAUUUAUAUUUUAGCUUCCUCACUCUCUAUAAUUGAAAGGCCCUACACAUCUUCUAUUUCUCUCAUUUCUGUCCAUCAUAUGUCUUCAACAUCAUCUAUUGAUACACACAAAGAAAUCAUCUGCCUUCACCAAAACUACUCCUUCAAUCAUCCUCUAGUCCUUUGUUCCUUCAAUAUCAAGAUAAGGUGUAUUCCUACUGCUCCUUCAAUAGAUGCAUACAUUGGAGGAAGAAACAAAGGACAAAGGGUGUAUUCCUACUUCUCCUCAAGUCACUUUUGGCACCUCAGUAACAUGAAUAGCCAAUAUAAGAUAGACAAUAUGUCAUUGACAUUUCUACUAUAAAAUUAUGAUAUUAAUUGAAUCUAUCAUGACUGGCAAAAAGUGAUUCAACAUCAAUAAUAUCUCAUAAUAAAACAUAACAUUAUGUCAAUGCCUCAAAGACUCCCACCUACCGCAGAGUAAAGGGGGCCGGAUGUAAUAUGUUUAAAAGAUAAAACUACAAUUUCCAAAUGACCGAUGAUAAGCAUUGAAAAUCACUUAGUAUAUUAUAAUCGCGUUGAAAAUUGCAUCAAUUCUAAAGCAUGAAUAACAGAUCCAACAAAAUGUUAAACUCUUGAAAUUGGAGUUGUAUACAAAUUUAACUUUUGCACUAUAAAGUUAUGAACUAAUUGAUACAAAGUAGAUUUUAUUCAAUAUCUUGUUAAUUCACAUAGCAUAAAUUAUGUUUAAUACAAAACAGAAAACUGUCCUUCAGGAAAGAAAAAAAUGCUGCUUGACAGGUUAAGGAAUACCUUACCCCACACCUUGGUGAAUAACUUUGCAUUGCUUAUAACUUUUUUUAGCAUCUUUGCUUAUACUUUUUUUAAAAAAUGUAUAAAAAAAGGUGCUAAAUUGGCUAAAGUAAACCCAAAUUAAAAAUUAGAUUUAAAAAAAUGGAGUGAGUUACAAACUGCACAGUGCUAUUUCACAGCAUCUUGAAAGUGGUCAACCGGUUAGAUUCAAAUCAGAAAAAAUAAAUAAUUUUGAAGAUGUUUUUGCUCCAAAUCAGAAAAUAAAAAUAAUUUUGGACCUCACAUGUUGAGGAGAUGAAGAGGUGAAAGGAAAAAGUACCUUUUUUUUUCUCGCAAGUCCAAUUGUCCUUACUGUAUUGCUACCAUGAGCAGCAACAUCCCACCUACGAAAGGUGUUUUUGAUUUGUCUCUAGUUGAACGCAAAAACAGCCACCAUGGAGACCACAGAAGUAACAAAUCAUAUUUUGCCAAAAAUCUCUACACGUUCAAACUAAAAAAGUGAACAAAUUUAAGACGGUGCAAACAACAUUACUCGUAUCUCAGCAUAUGAAGAUGCAUAAACACUCCUAAAGGAUAACAUUUUGCUAAAAUUCAGAGAAACAACUUUACUUUCUCUUCAACCUUCUCAUCGCACAACACGAGGGGUUUUUCUUAAGUUGAUAUUUGGAAUUUGGAGAUGUUUUUUCUUUUUUAAAAAUUGAUAAAAUUGCAAGUAUUAAAGAAUCAAAGGCCAAUCACACAACAAACACAUAAAUACUGACCUCAUAAAAAUUCAUUUCCUAGCAGCAUUUAAUCAACUUUGCUAAUGAUAUAUUGUAAAACUAUUGUUUGAACAUUCGAUACAAUAGAAAGAAAAAAACAGGUACUUACAAGCCAUUUUCGAUGAUACUUUUAUGUAGGAAGAGAGUUGACAUAGUUGUGCUGUUUAUAAGUUUCGUGAAGUCCAAGAGCUUGUCAUAAAAAAAAGUUGCUGUAUUUGCUGCAAGUAAACAGAAAUUUAAAAAAAUAAAGUAGAUAAUCAUGG